CUUGUCAGUCAGCACACCACACCAUAGCGCAGCACCGUGCACCAACCACGGUCACCACCAGCACAGCUGAGACUCCGCAUCUGUCUAUCUGAUGUCCUUGAGGUCAGGUAUGACAAACUCGAGCAGCCCCUUGUUGAGCACCAGCUCCAGCAGCACGAUGCCCACGAAGCCCAUCAUCGCCCACCGCCCGUUCAGCCGCUCAGGCCACUGGUGGAAUCCCACCUUGGGCUCGAUGCUGCUGUUCGGACCGAUGUCGUACUUGGUCUCGUAGAAGUCACGCGGCUGCACCGACGGCAGCCGAGUCAGUGCCGCUGCUCCUGCUCCUGCUGCUGCUGCUGCUCCUUCUCGAUAAUGCAUGGCACUGGCAGGAUGGUUGCGAUGGAGCGAAGAGGGAGAUCUGCUCAGCGGCGGGGCGGAAGGUGGUGGCUGGAAGGCCUCAGUGGCCGAUAGGAGAGCCGCGAGGGCGACGGCAACGCAUAGAAGCGCCUGCAUUUCUGCCAGAGCAGCGAUCGGCGGUUUCGCAUCUGCGAGCUUAAAGAGGCAGAGCGUGUGCAAGACGGCGUGGGGGCGGCUGUUGCCAGUGUCGAGGCGACUCAGUAGACCCAU